UGCAGUAGAAAGGAGCAGCCCGGAGCCAAGCCCCCAUUGUUCGCUCGUUCCGCGGCUCCCCUUCUCUUGCACUGCCUGCGCACAGGACGGCGGCGUCUGCGUAUUACUUUGCGCACCGACACGUGUAAGUGCGCCAAUCCAUCGGAUGGGACCAACUUUCGUCAGGAAGAGGGAAAAGCUCGCAACACACACACACACGCCCUUCUUCUUCCUCGCCGAGAUUGUAUUCCGCCCCUGCGGAAGGUUUGGGGGAACGGCUUUCCGCGCUGCCGCCUUUCACCCCACGGAGGCGAGAGCGCCGGUUCUCAAUUGCCCGUCGCGAGCAUCCCCUGCAGCCGUGCGGGAGGAGACGGGCGCUGUCUCUUUAAGGCCGAAGCGCGUCGCGGGAGAACAGAGUCUUCCAAUCCCUCCCCGCCGCUGUCAAUCAGCCGGCGGCGGCUUUGAUGUUGAAAGUCUUUGGCUCGGCGGCUCUCCAGUGUUCUUCCAGAGUCGCGCACUUUAACAGCGCUAGCUCGGCUGCUGCUCGGGGUGGUGGUGAUUUUUUUAUUAUUAUUUUUUUAUAUUUUUUUCCCCAUUCUUCCCAGCGAAAGCCGCUGCUGCUGCUGCUGCUGCUGCUGCUGCUCCAGCUUUUUUCUCAUCCAGGCUAGGCUAUUUAGCUGGCUGGCCGGCCGGCCGGUGCUACUUAAUCAAACUUUCCCGGGGCUGGGGAGGGAGGGGCACCCAAGACCGCGGAGGGGUGGGGGGGGAAAGCGGUUUGAUCGCUGCCUCGACCUCUCCGCUUGCUUUUUCCUGCCUUGGACCGCCAAGCACAGCCCCCCCUCCCUCUCCUUUCCUUAAGCUAGCGCCCCGGCGAGAGUCGGAGCGCCAGGAUACCGCUCAAGGAGGUCGCCAAACGUUUUGCCUCCCCUUUCACGAGCGAAAGGAGGGAAUCGGAGUGCGCCGCUCUUCUUUCCCGGCGCCGCUCCGACGCCCCAACAUUCGCUCUUCCCUGGCUUGGCUCGGGAAGAAAAUGCCCCAACUCAGCGGCGGAGGCGAUGACCUGGGAGCCAACGACGAGAUGAUCGCCUUUAAGGACGAAGGGGAGCAGGAGGAGAAGAUCCAGGCCAACGCCUUCACCGAGGGGGACCUGGCUGACCUCAAAUCAUCCCUGGUGAAUGAGUCGGAAAGCGGCGGCGGAGGCAGCAGCAACCGUCAGGCGUCCAACCCAGCAGCAACCGUGGCUGGAGCCGCCGCCGCAGGAACCCAUCCCGAGGCAAUCCGGCGGCUGCAAGAACCUCAGAGGGUCUAUUCAGAGAAACUCCCGGAUCACAUGGAUGAUGGUUUAAAACAUCAGGACCCAGGGAUGUAUAAAGGAUCUCCUUAUUCUGGAUACCCUUUCCUCAUGCUGUCUGAUCCUUACCUGCCAAAUGGAUCUAUGUCACCUUUGGUGAGUACACUUCCCCUGCCAUUCCUAAAUUCUUACACUGUGUCUACAUGA